UUAAGUUUGGCGGGUGUGAGAGUGGAUGGUAGUAGAGCCAGGAGGCGCCACUUACCUUCCUCUCCGCCAUAACCUCUACACACAAAGCAAGAUGGCGAUUCGACCGCUUAAAAAGCCUAAGAUUGUCAAGAAGCGAGUGAAGAAAUUUAUUCGCCACCAGAGUGAUCGCUAUGCAAAACUGAAGCCAAAUUGGAGGAAGCCCAAGGGUAUUGACAACCGUGUAAGACGCCGCUUCAAAGGACAGUACCUCGUGCCCAAUAUUGGUUAUGGCUCGGCAGCCAAGACCAAGCACAUGCUUCCCAAUGGCUUCAGAAAAGUCCUUGUUCAUAAUGUUCGUGAGCUGGAAGUGCUGAUGAUGCAAAAUCGCACUUUCUGCGCAGAAAUUGCCCACGGCGUUUCGUCCCGUAAGCGUAAAGAUAUCGUGGAGAGGGCAAACCAACUGUCAAUUCGUCUGACCAACGGAUCUGCGAGACUGCGCACUGAAGAAUCAACCUGAGUCAAUAAAUUGUGGUUAUAA